AUGAACCCACAAAUGCAAAGCUACCGUCAAUAUGCGCAGCCCCAAGCAAGAGCCCCGGCACCCCGUCGGCCAGGUGAGUGCGACCCGAGCACCAGUCCUGCCCCAGGCACAAGCAUAAGCAUUGCAGACCCAAGUGUCCAGACAGAGGAGUUUUGGAAAAAUUUGUCCGCGGACCGUAUCCCACUGAAGCUUGACCUCGACCUCCGUCGUCUGGUGGACACAGGUCAAACCGCACCCUUCUCCGCUUGCAUUGAACAAAUCUUGAGACGAGAGAGGAACUUACAAGUGGAACCAGGCCAGGCCCCUCCUGCCCAUCACGCUCAACAGCAGCAUAUCCAGCAGCUGGCGAACCAACAACUCCAGCAACGCAACGCCGCCAUGGAGCACCAAGCGGCCCAGCGACGGGCGCGAAAACCUACCGAUCGAACCCUUCCCGAAGGCAUUGAGGACCUUGUCAUUGGCGACGGCGUACAGCAGUACAAUAAACUACGUGAGCUGGAAAAGCGUCUGGAUGCGACCAUGAUGCGCAAGAAAUUGGAGAUUCAGGAUACCAUGAGCCGACACCGAAAGAGAGAAAAGACUAUGCGCAUCUGGAUCUCCAACACCUGUUCCGAACAGCCCUGGCAAAUGAACCAUAAUGAUGAGGAGAGCAUCACUUUCGAUUCACUGGGCGAACCCAAAUACCGAGUCAAGAUCCAAGGAAGACUGCUUGAAUGGCCCGACAGUGACUCAGAGGACGAAGACGAAGAUGAAGAUGGCGACGGCAAUGGCAAGGAGAAGGAAGGCGAGCCGAAGAAAUCCAAGGAACCUCUACCUCCCUCGAGGCCUUUCAGUUUCUUCUUCAAAGCUCUGAGAGUCGAGUUUGAAGAUGCGUUCAUGGGCGAUCCGAACUACAACAUUUCGUGGAAGAAACCCCCGAACCAGACCCCUGAACAGGACGUUGAUUAUUUCUCAUUCCAACGCAAAGCCGAUGAGAACAUGAACAUCACCAUUUGUCUCACUCGCGAUGAGCAACCAGAGAGAUUCAAAUUGAGCCCCGCCCUCGCCGACACCUUGGACAUGACUGAAGCCGAUCGCGCCGAAGUCGUCAUGUGUCUGUGGGACUAUGUCAAACACUUCGGACUACAGGAAGAUGACGAGCGACGAACCAUUCGCUGUGACGACAACCUCCGUGAGCUUUUUGGCGUCGACACCAUUUUCUUUCCCCAGAUCCCCGAACGCAUCCUCCCGCAUCUCCUUCCCCUCGACCCCGUCCGACUUCCAUUCACCAUCCGCCUCGACAAAGAAUUCCACGACAACCCUGAACCGACCAUCUAUGAUGUCGAUGUCACCGUCGAAGACCCUGUCCGCGCUCUCUACCUCAAGAUGACCCAGAACCCACAACACCAAGCACAACUCCGCCAGAUCGCCGACCUCGAUGACCAACUUGCCGUUCUGGUUCAAGCAAUCCACCACUCCAAGGCUCGCCACGACUUUUUCAGCGGUAUGGCCAAGGACCCCGUGGGAUUCUGCAAGAAAUGGCUCGCUUCGCAGAAGAAAGAUCUCAGUGUGAUCCUCGGCGAGGCCGAGAAAGGUGACUUCUCUGGUAUGGAGUUUGCCAAGGGGGGUACGGAUGGUGUGUGGAAUUCGGACGUUGUCAGAGAAGCGGUGCGUUAUCGACUGGCGAAACAGGACACCGCUCCCGGUCGCUAG